AUGGCCCGCCCGAAGCAGUCGGGCACCCGCAAGGCGACCCAGUACCGCGCGAAACCCAUCGAGCGCGAGCGAGACUUCGACCGGGCACAGAGCAGGAUGGACAGGCGCAUCGAGACGUACGACGACGCCAUGAUGGGCGGAGACGAGGACGAGUUCCACCUGAACCGCGACAAGAUGCUGCUCGAGGAUGAUGGCCGAGGUAACGGCUACGAUGACGACGACGUCGACGCUCCCGACACGAUCUACGACCUCGACCUCCCCUCCUCCGCAUCCGGCUCGCCCUCUCCCUCCGGAGACGAGGACGAGGAGGAAGACGACACUCCUCGCCUUCCUCGCCAGUUCAAGCGCGGCAGGGACGAGGACUUGACGAAGAAGGGACGAUUCGGGCACGAGUAUGACCCGAAGCAGGAUGUCGUCUUCCCCAGUUCGGACGAAGACGAGUCGGACGAAGAUGAGGGUGCGGGAGAGGUUGACGAGCGCCAGCUUGCGGGUGCAGAUGACGAGGACGAGGAUGAGGGAUCGAAGCUGCGAAAAGGUGGUGCAGAUGAGGACGACGAGGACGAGGAUCCGCACUGGCGCGCAGACCAGUACCACGUCACUCGUCGCGACCCGGGCGAAGCCGACUCGGAGGACGAGGAAGCGCUCGCGCUUGAGGAGGAAGAAGUGCGGAGGUUGCAGAAGAAGAUGAGGGAGAAGAUGGAGGGCAACGACUUUGGCCUCGACUUGGGUGUCGACGGCGUUGACGAUGUCGCCGAGGGCGAGAAGGAGGGCAAGCGGCGGCGUAUAGAGGAGGAGGACGAGACGGUCGUUGCUGCCGGUGCGGACAAGGCAGCCAAGGACGCGCUUUCGACAGCCGACAUGUCCGAGCCCGAAGCGAUCGCUCACCUCCUCAAAACCUCUCCCGAGACUCUCGCUCUCGUUGACGACUUCGUCCUUACGGCGAGCAAAAUCAAGCAGGUCGAGGCGGACUUGGCGGAGGUUCGGAAGGGCGACGGACAGGGCGGCGAGCACCCGGCUUUGGCGAUCAUGGAGCUCGAGCACCAGGCCCUCACGACCUACCUUCCCACCCUUGCGUUCUACUUCUCUCUCCUCCUCUCGCCGACUCCCGCUCCGCAAGCGCUCAUCGAGAGGGUCAUCGCCCGCCUGUCGAGCUUGCGCGGCAGCCUCGCUACGAUGGAGGAGCUCGACCUGACGAGCGCGACGUACGGUGCUGGCGACGAUGACGAGGACGACGAGGAGCUUGACGAAGACGAGGAAGAGGAGGAUGUUCCGCUCGGUAGGCGCAAAGCGAGGUCGCGCUCGAUGCUUGCAUCUGAGGCGCUCGACUUUGCCGAUGCACUGGCGGCGGACGAGGAGGAAGACGAGGACUCUGAGGAGGAGGUGACGGACAGCAUGCUCGCUGGCUUGACGGAUGCCGAACUCGAGGAACUGAUGGGCCAGAUGGAGCCAGGACAGGGCGCAGAGGAGCUGAUGGAGCGGGUCAGGGCGAAGCAGCGCGAGAAGUUCGGCGAUGGGUUCGGCCAGGAGGACGGAAUGGACGUCGACGAGGAUGACGAGGAGGAGCUCGAGCGGGAGCGGGUACAGAAGGCCAAGACGAAGGCGAAGGGCAAGGCGAGCUCAAAGAAGGCCGUUCCCGCCAUUCCCGAACUCGCGCCUCUCUCCGCUUCUUCCGCCUCGUCUUCCCUGUCUCGCCCGACCAUUCGCGCAACCGCCGACUCCGACUUCCUCGACCCCCUCUCGCUCUCGCACGCCGAUCGCGCAGACAAGGCCUCAAAGCGGCACACGCUCCGCUUCCACGCCUCGCAGGUUGAGCAGAAGGCGCAGCGUCGCGAGGCUCGGCGACGCGGUCUCGAGGGCGACGACGACGUCCCGCGCAGGAGCAAGGAGCAGGCAAGGAGGGAGGUGCUCAAGAAGCAGCAGCAUGGUGCGGCGAAGGACGCGGAGAAGGGCGUUGGUCUUGAUGAGGGCGACUUCGACGAGGAUGACCGGCGGGCGGCAAAGGCCGUCAGGGAGGAGCGCGAUGACAACGGAGGAGAGGACGGCGGGGAUGACGACUACUACGAUCUUGUCGCGGCGGAGAAGGCGGAGGGCAGGAAGGCGAAGAAGGCGAGGUACGACGAUGCGCGUGCGGCCGAGAAGGAGGAGCUGCAAGCACUUGCCGAUGCUUCCGUCGAUGGACCGCGCGCCGCCAGCCGCAAGAUCCUCUCGAACCGCGGCUUGACGCCGAAGCGCAACAAGCUGAACCGCAACGCGCGUGUCAAGAAGCGUCACCAGUACGAUCAGAAGCAGAAGAAGCUGCGGAGUAUGCAGGCGACGUACAAGGGCGGCGAGGCGCGGACGGGAUACGAGGGCGAGCGGACGGGUAUCUCGCGGACGAAUGUGCGCAGUCGCAAGCUGGGUUAA